AACAAGGUUGCAAGAACAUCAACGAUACAAUCCCAAGGGUCCGCGAUCCCCGCAUCUUCACCAUCUCAAUCACGGGAACUCCGUUGUUAAUCAACACAGAGGAGUCGCCGUAGGAGGAGCCAUGUAAUACCGCUGCCUGCAGUAUCCAUUUUCUUGCACUCUCUUCAAGUUGUCUCACGUUCUGUCAUUCACAGACUCGUCUGCCCGUCGUCACCGCUUCUUCACGAAGCAAGUUACUUUCACCCGUCCACCUGCUCUUUCGUAGCGGUAGGAGGAGAAGCGGACGAAUGGAUGUGGAGGAGGUGAUAGAAGUCGAGGAGGUUGUGACUAUGGCGAAGGGACGUGGCAAGCAGUCGAAGGCGACGAAUGGCCGCCGCGUGACUGAAGCGAGCGGGAUCGUAACGCGACAGGCGAAGACGAUGACUCGCUGCAGUGUGACAGAAUCGAAAGGAGGGCGCAAGCCGGUGAAGGAGGACAAUGUGGUUGAAGCGAAGGGCCGCGGCAGCAGACGCGCCAAGGCUGAGAAUGCCGUCGACGAGAACGGAGGCAGUAGCCGCGCGAAGGAGAACGGUGCGGUUGCACUCAAAGGAGCCGCAAAGCGCGCCAAGGCUGAGGAUGCGGGCGACGAAAAGGGCGGCAGCAAGCGCGCGAAGGAGAACGGCACGGCUGAAGCGAAGAUGGGCACGAAGCGCGCCAAGGUGAACAACGGCCGCAGCGUCAGCCGUGUGGAGGCUCCACGUCAGCCCAAGGACGAGAAGGCGGGGAAGGAGAAGCCUCCACGUCAGCUUAAGGGAGGAAAAGGGGAGGCUGCGUCUUUGGCUAAGAAGCAGCCUGGAAAGGCAAGGAAGAGAGGGAAGGCGCCGGCUGUCGACGACGACUUGAUUCAAGUGAAACAAGCUCCACUCGCCGACUCAGAGGAAACCGCGAUCGUGCUCACUCAGCCGUCGGAUGCCGCAACAGCAGCAGCAUCGGCGGUGGAGAAGAAGCCGCCGGUGCGGCAGCUGCUGGACUUCGCGAUUCACGACGCUGACGGCGCCAUCAUGCCGCUCGAUAGCAUCGACGCGCUGGCGGCGCGAGGCGAAGGGCUGUUCGCCACGGGCGUCAUUCUUCCUGAGACCGCCGCGCUGCGCCACAUGGAGGGUUACAGAUGCGAGGCGUUCGGGCCGAUCGAGGGGUGGUACAUCGACGGCUACGAGCGGGCGAGCACGGCGGCGCGCAUCAUGAUCACCACGGACGCUGCUGUGUACGUCUGCUGCCGCCCCGCUGGCAAAUCGAAGAAAGACUUCACUGCGCUCCAGGACAAGGCCAAUCUGUGCGUGGAGGUGUUCAGGGCUCUCUCCAAGCCAGACGGGGGCGACCCCAGCCUCUCCCUGCCGGAGGUCAUUGCUCGAGUGUCGCGCGCGCUGGGGCGGCCGUGCAGGGACGAGCUGGUGGAGGCGCAUGGCUUUGUGGCGCAGCAGCUGUGCGGGCUGGAUGAAGACGCGGACCAGGACGACCAGCUGUUCUCGGGACUGCCUGCGCUCGAGUCUCUGAAAGAGGAAGGGGCCAAGCAGGCAGCAGUCCGAAGCAUACUGGCAGCCAGGCAGGCCAGCACCAAGGAAACCGCAGGCAAGAAACACGCUGCUAAUAACGGGGCCCUCGUUAUAAGAGACACGGCCGGCGGCAACAGCAGCAGCAAGGGCGGCGGUGGUGCAAGCGGUGCAGGGGUAGGGGGAAUGGACGAUGAGGAGCUGGCGAGGCUGGUGGCAGAGGAGGAGGAGAAGGAGGCGGAGGCCAAGAGGGGCGGUGGGCGGAGGAAAGGGGCUGGGGGUGGGGGGCAGGAGAGGUAUUUGAAGAUCAAUGAGAAGGAGCUGGCGGACGACUACCCUCCUCCCAGAUACUACAAGAGCGUGGACGAGGAGACGGACGAGUUUCUCCUCUUUGACGACUCCGCUGCUCCCAUGUACCCCGAGGACCUGCCGCGGCGCCGCCUGGACGACUGGGCGCUGUACGACGACCAGCUGCGCUUCGUGUCCCUCGAGUUGCUGCCCAUGCUGCCCGGGGUCAGCGCGGACUCGCUUGUGUUCGGCUCCGGCGUCAUGAUGGAGGACGAUGGCAGCGGGUUUAGUCUAGAUGAUCCCACUGUGGAAUCCGCUGGCACUCGAGGCGGGGGUAGUUCGGCAGCUGGUGCUGGUAGCAGUGGUGGAGCAGCCGAGGCAGGUGGUUCUUCAGGUGGUGGUUCAGGUGCUUCAGGUAGCGGGUCGGGGUCGGGAUCUGAUCCUGCAGCGGCGGAUGGUGGCGGUGGUAUCCGGGUGUAUUUGAGUGCGAUCAAGGAGUGGAUGAUCGAGUUUGGAGCCGGGAUGCUGUUCGUCACCAUUCGGACGGACGGAGCGUGGUACCGGCUUGGCCGCCCCUCUGCUGCCUAUGUCCCCUGGUACCGCCCAGUACUGCGCACAGCCCGGCUGGCAAUCCGAGUGAUUGAGAUGCUGAGUGGGGAGUCUCGGGCAGCGCGCUUGUCUUUUCUCGACGUGGUAACCAGGCUGGCACAGGAGUGGGUGGAGGAGAAGAGGGAGAAGAGUGGGAAGGAGCCUGCUCGCGGGGACUUAGCUAAGUGUUUUGCUGAGAUGGAGCGGUUCUUAGUGGUGCAUGGGAAUAUUAUCCUGCAGCAGUUUAGGGAGUACCCUGUAGAGACGAUCCGCCGGAGCCCCUUUAUAAGCACACUGAGAGGGAAAAUGGAGAUGCGGUCGCAUACAGAGCUGAAGGUGAGCCGGAAGAAGGCUGCUAUCGUUGCUCCUGGGAGGGGGGGCGAGGGGCGGGGGGGCGGAGGGGGCAGUGGAGGGAGUGCCAGAAACGCCAACCCUGCUGCUGCUUUAAGGCCGGAUGCUAGUAAGAGAAAGCCCAUGCGAGCUACGACGACCCAGCUAGUGCACAGGAUAUGGAAGGAGUAUUAUGAGCGGUUUGGGCUGAAGAGGGAUGAGCCGGGGGCGGGUAAAGAGGGGGGUGAGAGAGAGGCGAAUGGGAAGGUGGAGGGAGAGGAGGGAGGGGAGGUGGUGGAGGAGGAAGAGGAGGAAGGGGGGGAGUUGCUGGAUGGGGAUAGUGAGGAUGAGGAGGAGGUGGUGGAGGUGGCGAAUGUGAGUAAAACGAAGGGGGGGAAGGAGGCAGGGAAGAGGAAAGACAAGGGUGGGAGCAAGGGAGGGACAGGCAGCAGCACGGAGGGUAGCGCUGCAAAGGAAAACGGAGUGAGCAAGAUGGAGGUAGAGGCAGAGGCAGGAGCAAACGGUGAUACCCGGAAAGACGUUGUGAAGAAAGCAGACGGCGAAAGCAAAACAAACGGUGCCGAGGUGGGAACGGGCAGUGAGACGAAGGAGGAAGUCGUGAAGACCAAGGGGAGAGCCGUGAGGGACUCAACACAAGGCGUGGCGUGGGUUGGGGCGAGCACAGGCCGCACAGAGGAGGACCAUCCCGCGUUCGCUGCAGCGUCCGUCUGGGGGCUCGAGGUCCGCUCAGGCACCGUGGUGCUGGCUGCUGUUGGGGAGGGCGAGGAGGAGGAGGGGGGGUGGAGGGAGGAGAGGGAGAGGGUGGUGAUUGUGGAGUACAUGUGGGACGAGGGGGGGGCGGGCGCGGGGGCGAGGGGCAGGAGGAGGGGCGAGGGGAUGAAGGCGCAUGGGCGGGUGAUGGUGCGGGGGAGUGAGACGGUGCUGGGGAAUGCGGCGGACGAGUGGGAGGUGUUUGUGUCCGAGCACUGCGUUGACUUCCCCCUCACGGCCAUACGGGAGAAGGCAGCAGUGACGCAUCGCCAGCAGCCAUGGGGAGCGGAGCACAGGUUGAGAAACAUGGAGGAGGACGACAGGGAGAGGGCGCGGAUGGAGAAACUAUUCAAGGAAACGGGCCAGCGGUCCUUCUUCUACCGCUUCCUCUACAACCCCUCCCGCGGCGGCUUCUUCGACCUGCCCAAGAGCCUGGGCAGCGGAACGGGCAGGUGCUGCUCGUGCGAUGAGGACAUGGAGAGGGAUGGGAUGAUGGAAGUGCGGAGACUGGGGGAUGGGGAGGCGGGGUUUGCGUACUUGGGGAAGGAGUUCCACGUUGGAGACUUUGUGUUCAUGCAUCCGGCAGCAGUGGGGGAGGAGAGCGACGGGAGGAGUGGGAAGUUGGCGAAAGGCGGGAGGAACAUCGGGCUGCGGGCGUGGCCUAUCGGGCAGAUUGAAAAGUUUGUUGCUGGCUCUGGCAAGGCAAAGGAGGUGCCCGAACAGAUGGUUGUGAGGAGGUUUUUCCGGCCUGAAGAUGUGCCGAGCGAGGGUGAUGAGAUGGCGUAUACGGCACACAUCAGAGAGGUGUACUACAGUGAAACCCUAAUCACUGUUGACGUUACAGACGUGAUAGGCAAGUGCCGCGUGCAGAGGGGGAAGCCCACCGCAGUAGCAGCAGCAGCAGCAGCAGCAGCAGCAGCAGGAGGGACAGGGGCAUUGGAUUCGGUCUUUAACAUCGGGGGGUGUCUGGAAGAGGAGCUCCUGGGAGGCGACUUUGUCUUCUUCUGUGACCGCCUCCUCAAAGACGGCUCCGUCCGCAUGCUGCCCCCAGGGAUUCGCUUUUGCAAUUCAGCAGCAGCAGCAGCAGCAUCGCCCACAAAGGAUAAAGGCAAGGGCAAGAGCGUUGCUGCGGAAGAUGCUGACACUGAUGCUGCUGCGGCUAGAGCCAGAGCGAAAGGCAAGGGCAAAGCUGUUGUUACCGAUGAUGCUGACACUGAUGCUGCUGCUGCAGAGGCUGCUGCGGCUAGAGCCAGGGCGAAAGGGAAGGGCAAAGCCGUGGAGGAAACGGAAGAUUCCCAAGCCAAUGCACGCAACGGAAAGCAGCUAGAAGCUUCCUCUGAGAAGCAGCAGCAGAGGCAGGAGGGAGAGCAGGGGAGGGAGGCGAGCAGCAAGGCGGGAGUGCUGCAGACGUUGGAUAUCUUUGCGGGGUGUGGCGGGCUGUCGGAGGGGCUGCACCGGUCGGGGGUGUGUGAGACCAAGUGGGCCAUAGAGUACGAGCACCCCGCUGCCGAGGCGUUUGGGAAGAACCACCCUGAAGCUGCUGUCAUCUGCAACAACUGCAACGUCGUGCUUAGGUGCAUGAUGGAGCAGGCAGGGCAGCUGAAGGACUGUGUGUCGACGCCAGAGGCGAAUGAGGCAGCCUCGAAAAUGGCCGAGGGGGAGAGGGGCAAACUGCCUUUGCCCGGCCAAGUGGACUUCGUGAAUGGGGGCCCGCCCUGCCAGGGCUUCUCGGGCAUGAAUCGCUUCAACCAGAACCCAUGGAGCAAGGUGCAGUGCGAGAUGAUCCUCGCCUUCCUCUCCUUCGCUGAUUUCCUCCGCCCGUCCUUCUUCCUCCUCGAAAACGUCCGCAACUUCGUCUCUUUCAAUGGCGCCCGCACCUUCCGGCUGGCUCUGAGAACUCUCCUGGCCAUGGGCUACCAGGUCCGCUUCGGUGUGCUCCAGGCAGGCAACUUCGGCAUAUCCCAGUCGCGCACACGAGCAUUCAUCUGGGCGGCAGCACCCGGCCAGAUCCUCCCCGAGUGGCCACAGCCACUGCACGUCUUCGCCUCCUCGCAGCUCUCCGUUCCCCUGGGGGGCUCUUCUGGUUCCUCUGCAUCUGGUUCCAAUGUCGCCCACUUCAGCACUGCGGCUAGCCUGGCCAAUGAGGCGUGUCCACGUGGCCCCGCGGUGGGGGCGCCGCUGCGUUCGAUCACAGUGCGGGAUGCGAUGGGGGAGCUGCCGAGCAUUGAGAACGGGGCGGAGGAGGAGGAGAUGGAGUACUCCUCGGAGCCCUCUUCCUGGUUCCAGCGGUGCAUCAGAGCGCAGCAAGCCAAGCUGCUGGACCACACGUGCAAGAGGAUGAACGAGCUCAACCUCAAGCGCUGCCAGCACAUCCCCAGGCGGCCAGGGGCGGACUGGCGAGACCUGCCGGAUAUCAAGGUGCGCCUGUCAGAUGGCAGGGAGGCGGACCUGGUGCCGUGGUGCCUGCCCAACACCAUGCAGCGCCACAACAACUGGAAGGGGCUCUUUGGACGUCUGGACUGGGCGGGCAACUUCCCCACGUCUGUGACGGACCCGCAGCCCAUGGGGAAAGUGGGCAUGUGCUUCCACCCGGAGCAGGACCGCAUUGUCAGCGUGCGAGAGUGCGCGAGAUCUCAGGGCUUCCCCGACGGCUACCGCUUCGCAGGCAACAUUCAGGCGAAGCACCGCCAGAUCGGCAACGCCGUGCCGCCCCCUCUGGCCCUGGCUCUGGGCCUGCAGCUCAAGAAAGCUCUGAUGGAGAAGAGGAAGAUGGAGGGAGCACAGGAAGAGGGAGAAAGAAAGUGCAAUGAAGCAGAAUGAUUGAAAGCGAAGGUCGAGGAAAUGUGUUGAGCUUGGAAGUGCCUUUAAUUCUUACGAAAAUUUAUCAGUCUCGUUUUUUAACUUGAAGAUAGAUAUGUACAUGAAUUGCUAAUCUACUGGAUAUGGUUCGGGUGUUGAAC